AUGACCGACACCCCAAGGUCUGAGCACUACCCUACGAGGUUCAGCACCCCGGUGUCUGAACUCGACGACCAUCGCCACCAGCAAGCAUCAAUGCCACGUGUGGACAAUGCCAGCCCUUCGCGCUCGCGUCGCGGCACCGUCACGAGCAUUGCCGCUCCCAGACCCGCACGUCCGGAUCUCCUUUCCGUGAACAGUGCCCUGGAACGCCAAGGCAUGAUUGCGAGGGAUUUUGAGAACGCCAUCGUGGACGACGACAAGAGCCCCAGCGACAAUGGAGACAACAACAAUGCUCUCUUCGGACGCCGCGGUUCUGUGAGCCCGAUGGCGAGGAGGGACACUUUCCGUCGGCUUAGAGAUUCACAGCCGGAUGCCCGUCCGAGGUCCCAUGCUUCCACCAGAUCCUCGGAUUCCGUGUCGCCUCCAAACUCCGUGGACGCAUUCGCCGAUCCGCGGCGCCGAGACCGCGCAGGCACCAUCAACAGCCAGCGCCCACCGUCGGACGUGGAUCUGCGCCUGCAGCGCACCAUCUCCGAGGCCACCAACCGCCGGCGCCCAACGUUCAGCGAGGAAAGCCGCCAUGGCACCAUCAAGGAUGAGACAAUGUCGCGGCGAAGUUCGGUGGAGGAAGAUGUGUGCUUCCCGGUCGAGGAGUCCAGCAACACGUACCAGAUUGACUUCGAAGAGCUCGAGGAGUUUGUUGCCACAAACCAGACCAAGACUCCCGUUAUUCCGCUGUCCCGAAAGCCAAGCAAGGUCAGCAUGAAUUCCCAACGCUCGAAGGUCAAGGUCUUCCACGAUCUUCGCCGCAAGCAAUCUGCCGAAGAUAUUGCGAUAGGUGCUGGGGAUGGUUUCGAGCACUUUCCGCAAAAUGUGGAAAGUGGCACCGACAUGGAGGACGAGAAGGUCGACGUGCACAUUGAGAACCCGGGCCACCUUACUGCUUUGCACGAGCAACAUGUCAAUAGGUGGGCCUUCUUCUCUUCCGAGCUGGACGAUACCAUCCACGCGACGGAUCUGGGAGGACUUCUUAUGCCUGGGGAGAGAUUCCGUGAUCUCUUCGAGCUUCCCCCGGACGCUGGAACAUGGUGGCUCGACAUGCUCAACCCAACCGAGGAAGAAGUGUUUGCGAUCUGCAAGGCUUUCGGGGUGCACCCUCUCACCCGCGAGGAUAUCCUCACCCAGGAGGCCCGCGAGAAAGUGGAGCUCUUCCGCGCCUACUACUUUGUUUGUUUCCGUUCGUUCUACCAGAUGGACAAGGAAAGCGAGGACUUCAUGGAGCCUGUCAACGUUUACGCCAUCGUCUUCCGCGAGGGGCUGCUGACCUUUACCUUCGCACCAAACCCGCACGCUGCAAAUGUCCGGAAGAGGAUUGGCCGCCUUAAGGACUACAUCUCUCUCAGCUCUGACUGGAUCUGCUAUGCGAUGAUCGACGAGAUUGUUGAUAGUUUCGGUCCUGUGAUCCGUGACAUUGAACACGAGACGGACGCCAUCGAGGAUCAAGUGUUUACCGCACGCGCCGAGGACUCGCGCGCAAUCCUGCGCGCCAUUGGUGAAUGCCGCAAGAAGGUCAUGUCGAUGAUGCGACUUCUGGGUGGCAAAGCCGAUGUCAUCAAGGGCUUCGCCAAGCGCUGCAAUGAGCAAUACAGCGUUGCCCCUCGUGGUGAUGUUGGGCUCUACCUCAGCGAUAUUCAGGACCAUGUCGUCACCAUGAUGAGCAACCUGUCCCAUUUCGAAAAGAUGCUCUCGCGUAGCCAUUCCAACUAUCUGGCGCAGAUUCAGGUCGACAGCUUGAGUCAAGGCAACAAUAUCAACGAGAUGCUCGGCAAGAUCACGGUCAUUGGUACCAUACUCGUUCCGCUCAACUUGAUCUGCGGUCUUUUCGGCAUGAACGUCGCUGUCCCGGGUGUCAACAGCAACAGCUUGGGCUGGUUCUUUGGCAUUCUUGGGGUCAUGUGCGCGUUCGUCGCAACCUGCCUGGCGUUCGCAAGGAGGAUGCGGUAUGUCUAA